AUGAGCAAUUACUACCUGCCUUAUAGCACGGGUAGAGGAAAUUCGAGACAGGAUAGUUCUGAGAAUGAGCUUCUUGGACACGAUAGAAGCGGACGUCCAAGUGGGCCCUAUGAAUAUCCAUACAGAGAUGAUACGAGCAACGUUUCGAUCGAAUUUCAACAACCCGAGAGGGCUUAUAACAACGGAAUAGGAAGUGGAGGCAUUGAUGAGAGCUACGACGAUGUCACUGGUUACUACGAUGACAGUUAUCAUUUGGAGAGGCCAAGCAAUAUUUUCAAUACAUCAGAUAUUCAGCCUCCUAAUCUUUCACCUAUGCAAACAGAUGACCCCUUUCAUAAUGAAGCAGAUUUGCAAGGUGGAACCUAUGAAAUGAAUCAAUUCCAUGAUUAUAACUAUGGAUCAAACACGUACAAUCAGGCAUUUGUACCCCAUGUUUAUGAUGACGAGGAGGAAAAAGAAUUCGACAGGGAAAUUCAAUAUAACAAAUUUGAAGGCGACCAUUAUGUCUUGAACACCGUACAAGUACAACCAGAGUCAAUAGAUGAUGAGCCAGAAUCCCCAUUUGGUGACGAUGAGAAUGGCGAAUUCGUGAAACCACCUGAUGAAGGUGGAGAGGAAAUAAGAUCUAAACCCCAGAUAGGUGUCGCAUCUGGAUUGAAUGGUCAUUUAGUCUUAGAUUGCCCAGUAGCCACAGAGUUACUUACAAAAUUUCCUGACUACAGGGUUAAUCAGAAAGAUGGCGGACUCUCAAGAGAAUUUGCAUACAUGAGAUAUACUGCUGUCACAUGCGGUCCUUCUAAUUUUUAUAGAGAUGGUUAUAUCUUAAGGCCAGUUCAUUACCCAACUCCAAGAGAAACCGAACUAAUGGUGGUAGUUACUAUGUACAACGAAGAUGAUAUCUUAUUAGCGAGGACCCUAAAAGGUAUUUUUAAGAAUAUUAAGCAUUUGGAAUCAAGAACUAGAUCUCCAGUUUGGGGCAAAGAUUCCUGGAAAAAGGUAGUGGUUUGCAUUGUGAGUGAUGGAAGAUCAAAGAUAAAUGAAAGAGCACAAGCGUUAUUAGCUGGCCUCGGUGUGUAUCAAGACGGAUUAGCUAAAAGUAGAGUUGAUGACAAGAAGGUACAAGCUCACGUGUAUGAAUACACAACUAGAGUAGGGAUUUCAAGUGUCGAUGAUUGCGUGAAGUUAACAACGGAAAAAAUCGUCCCAGUUCAAUUGUUGUUUUGCCUAAAGGAAAAUAAUGCAAAGAAAAUUAACUCUCAUAGAUGGUGUUUCCAGGCAUUAGGUCAGGUUUUGGAUCCUAGAGUUGUCAUUUUGUUGGACGCAGGUACUCAGCCCUCUGGAAAAGCUCUUUAUCACCUUUGGAAAGAAUUCGAUAAAGAUCCACAGGUUGCAGGAGCAUGCGGUGAAAUCAAAGCAUCUUUGAAGAAAAGACAAAUCGUAAUGAAUCCUUUAGUCUAUGGGCAAAAUUUCGAAUAUAAAAUCUCAAAUAUUUUAGAUAAACCAACGGAGUCUGUGUUUGGAUUUAUUUCGGUGCUUCCUGGUGCCUUUUCAGCAUACAGAUACGUUGCAUUGCAGAACGACGUCAAUGGUAGGGGACCUUUAGAAAAAUAUUUCAAAGGUGAAUUUUUGCACGGGUCGGGAGAGCUUGACCCAGAUGAUGAUGAAUAUCAAUUAAAACAAACUCAAAUAAAGGAUGAAGCUGGAAUUUUUACAUCCAAUAUGUAUCUAGCAGAGGACAGGAUCUUAUGUUAUGAAUUGGUGGCUAAAAGAGGGUGUGCAUGGCUCUUACGAUAUUGUAAGAGUGCAAGUGCAGAAACGGAUGUACCAGAAGGACUCGCAGAGUUCAUUUUGCAACGAAGAAGAUGGUUAAAUGGAUCCUUUUUUGCGGCAAUUUAUGCAUUAGCUCACUUCCCCAAAUUAUGGCGAUCAUCUCAUUCGAUCGGAAGAAAACUAUUUCUUCAUGUCGAGUUCUUUUAUCAAUUUUUGAACUUGGUGGUAUCUUGGUUCUCCAUCGGAUCAUACUUUUUGGUGUUUCGUAUUUUGACUACGUCCCUCAGUGAUUCAGAUUUAAAUUUUGCCCCCGGGAAUAUAUUAUCAGUUGUUUUCUUGUGGCUUUACUUGGCUUCAAUUGUCACUACUUUUGUUUUGAGUUUUGGUAACAAACCCAAAGGUACGGAGCGAUUUUAUAUUGUCAUUGUUGUAUUUUUCGCCAUCUUAAUGGCUUAUAUGAUUUUUGCAGCUAUAUUCAUGGCUGUUCAUUCAAUUCAAGAAAUCUAUAAAGACCACACGAAGAUAACAGUGAAGCUAUUUAUACAGAAUGCAGAGUUUAGAGACUUAGUGGUUGCAACUUGUUCGACUUAUGCCUUAUACUUCGUGGCAUCUUUUUUAUAUUUCGAACCUUGGCACAUGUUCACUUCAUUUAUCCAAUACAUCUUGUUGUCGCCUUCUUAUAUAAAUGUCUUGAACAUUUAUGCUUUUUGCAAUAUCGAUGAUAUCUCAUGGGGAACUAAAGGUGAUACUGGAGCUACAGAUUUAGGUUCGGCGAAAGUGAGGGAGGAUGGUACAUUCGAUGUUAAUAUCCCUAUACUCAAAGAAGAGAUAAACCAGUCGUAUUUGAAUCAACUAGAGAAGAUAAAAAACCCUGUUCCAAAGAGUGAAGGCAAACAAGAGACCAGUAAUGAAGACUAUUAUGCUUUUAUCAGAUCUAUGACAGUUUUAGUUUGGAUGAUUUCCAACUUUCUUAUCAUUGCCUUAGUGUUGGAGACAGGUGGUUUCAGCCAGUUCAGUAGCUCCGAUGACAUAGAUGACAUAAAAACCAAUAGGGCUAAAAUUUUCUUGACUGUAAUAUUGUGGAUGGUUGCAUUCAUGGCUUUGUUCAGGUUCAUAGGCUGCGUGAUAUAUUUGAUUCAAAGAUUUGGCAAAAAAUUCAAAUCAUCGAGUAGCAAACGUAGGCAAAAGGUGUGA